AUGGACAGCUUCGAUCUCGCCAAAGCACCCCCCGAAAUCCGAGCCUACGCCACCCCAAUCAUCUUGCUGAACCUCUACACCAACGCCAGUUGGCUUUACGUCUACUUCGGCAUGGUCUACCGCUCCGUAAAGGACAAGUCCUACGCCAUGCCCCUCUACUCCCAAUGUCUCAAUAUCGCCUGGGAGAUAACCUACGGUUACAUAUACGGUGACGAUUGGAUGCUCUUCGCGACAUUCCUCGUUACCUUCCCCACAGACUGCCUCGUCAUCUGGGCGGCCAUCUACCACGGCGCCAAAGAGUGGGACCGCUCACCCCUGGUGCAGCGCAAUCUCCUCUGGUACUAUGUGAUCGGGACGGGGAUCGCUGUUGCCCUGCACAUGUGCGCUGCGUCGGAGCUGGGGGUUGAAAAGGCAUUCUUUGCCGGUGCGAUUGGGUGUCAGGCGGUGUUGAGUGUAGGUUAUCUUGGGAAUUUGAUUCAAAUGGGGAGUACAAGGGGGUUUUCAAUGCAUCUGUGGUUCUUCCGCUUCACAGGCUCCCUAACCCUCGUCCCCGAAUUCUACCUGCGGGUGAAAUACUGGCCCGAGAGGUUCGGCUUCCUGGGCCAGCCCCUCAUGCUCUGGUGCUGCGCUGUCUUCCUGGGAUUUGAUCUGGUCUACGGGAUCUUAUUCUGGUAUAUUCGACGACAGGAACGCGAGACGGGGAUGCUGCUUGCUGAUGGGCGGAAGAGGAAGUGA